CGCCAAAUGUUUUCGUUUAAAUAACUGACAGUUGCAAAAAACACUACAAGCAUUAUUAAAAUUGUUAACAUGCAACCAAUUGAAGUGGCAAUUCCUGCAUUCUCAACAUGGAAAAUGAUAAACGAAACAGUGCCAGAUUUACUCAAGGACUGCAGUGAAAUCGGCCUAAAACGCCUGGCGAACAUUAUACAAUCUAAGAAAUAUUCUAACGUAUUUAUUUACGAAAGAGAUCCGACUUUAUCUUAUGAUUCUUAUGAAGACAUCAUUACGAAAUACAAAUCAUUUACAACAUGGCUUUUAGGGCAAUUGGUUUAUAUGAUCAGUUGUGAUAAAGUGUCCAGAAUACAUGAAUUGAUAGUGGAUACACAGUUGACAAUUUUGGAUAAUUUAUCCAAGACUCACUUACAUGUUUAUAAUGAAUUAGCUGAUGAGUAUAGCAAAACUUUAGAUUUACUGGUGCAGACUUACAGGAGUGAAGAAGGACGAGAUUUGGAGAUUUUUAUUCCUUUAGUACCAGGGGAGUUAAGUACUAAGUUAAAUUUAAGUCCAAAAUUGAUCAAAAUUGAUAAUAAAACGAUGGCUUUAAAUAUAAUUGAAAAAUUGUUUAAAGUUUUUGCAUAUAUUCUAAAACAAAAUUUUGAAUUUUUUAGUUUUGAUUCUUCAACAUACAGAAACUUGGAUAAUCUAGCCUAUUUAUUGUCUGAAGAUAGUUCAGACAUAAGAGUUAAAAUAUUCCAGUUGUAUAUUGAUAUAUUGGAAAAGAGUCGGUCAUAUCAUGAUGACCACAACUAUACUAUAUUGAACAAGAUUAAUAUAUUUUCUUCAUAUUUUGAACAAACAGUCUAUGAAAUAUUUAAUAAUCAAAACGUCGAACAAAUAAGCAAUUUUGAACAUAUACUUAUUACAUACUUUCAACUUUGCUCUUCUUGCAACAGUGUCCUCAUUUCUAAUAAGUCAAGAUUAUGCAGUUAUAUUUAUAUGAAAAGUCUGAAUGAUUUUAGAUCUGUACCACCUGAGGUUGUAAAGUCUUGUGUUCUAGCAAUGAAAACACCACCAUUUGAUACCAGCAAUUUGGAAAAGGUCAAAGAAAUUGUUAAAUUAAUUGUAGAGCAGCUCAAUUUUAAUGCAUUUUCCUUGUUUAAAAAUUUAAUAGCAAAAAACUUGUUGGAAAUUUUAACGAAAAAACGCAAUCCAAGUUUCUUAAAUUUGUAUGAAGAGUGCCCUUUUAUCAGUAAUCUCCAAGAACUAUUACUACGGAAAAUUGUGUUUGUAACUUGUAGAAGUAAUUCAUGUCAAAUAGAGAAAUUUUUUAAAUUUUUUAUCCAUGUAACUAAUACUUUAUUGGAGGUAAAAUUGCUGUGUUUGAAGAAGGUUAAUCGUUGUGCAUUAAUGUUUUUUGACGAAAAACGCCUGUUUCUCCCUUUAAUUAAUAUGAUUAUCCAACACUUUAAGAAUUGCAGUGACAAACUCGAUCAAAAAUUAUACUUGAGAACUCUUGUGAAUUUUAGUUUUGUCACAAGCUCUGUAAAUUUGGAUAUCAUUGUUGCCAUAAUCUUGUAUCCUCAUUUGAAACUUGCCACUUUCCAUAAUGAUAAUCAGUUCCCAGAAAAUUUUAUUGGGGUUGCCGAUAUUAAUGAACACAAAAAGUGCAUUAAAAUGUUGUACGCGAUGCUAAAUAAAGAAGACUUAGAUAAGUCGGUUGCCUUGGAGUUUUUAAACCAGUUUUUGGUAAUUUUGUCCAGCGGUUUGGUGUCGAAUUUAAAUGAAUCUCAGGUUGUUGAUAUUCAACGGAUUUACCUAAACAUAUUAAAUUAUUUGGUGCAAAAAAAUCCACAGCUUGUGCCUUUGGCGUUGGAACAAUUGCCGAUCAUACUGUCGUGGUUUCCAAACGUUGAUCAAGUAUUUUCAUCCGUUUUACCAUUACUUGAACAUUCCGAAAAGGUGGUUAAAGAAAGCGCCAUUAAAACUUUACCAGGUAUAAUUUGUCAGUCAUUGUCCGACUAUAUAAAAGUAUUACACUGGAACGCGCCCGAGGAUCGGCUCGUCAUACGCUUCCACUGCAGAACAUGCCACAUUGGUGACAGAAAUAUCCAAGACUUUCUUGAAGAACAUUAUCAAGGUAUCGUGGAGGCCGUAAAUUUUACGAGAAGUCGCUUAGAUUUUAACUCCAAUAUUCCUACCGUGUUUAAACACAUCCUGCGACAUAUUUCAACUGGACCUGCCGAAUUGAAAAUCGCAUCUUUGGAUACUCUUCCGCAACUAUGUCAGCAUGUGAUAAUGUUUCACACCUCGAGUUCGGCCAAAUUUUGGACGGAAACAUGCGGCGAUACAAACCGGGAGGUCAGGAAGAAGUUUACCAAUAUUGUUUUCAAAACGCUCAAAUGCGCUCAAGAUCUUCGUACCUUGUCCGAAGACAUUAAAAAGGAAAAUUUUGAAACGCUGUUUGCGGCUGUUCUCAGAUUUACGAAAAAAUCACUGCAAUUCUCCGAUUUGGAUUACCAAGACACGCUUUUGGAGACAAUAGGCGAAAUUGCAAGAGUGAAAACUGAGUUUGUGCAGCAAAAUUGUCUCAAAGUACUCAUGUACUUUAUCAUAGUCCCAACAUCUAAAAUGUCGUUGAUUGCCAUGAACAAAUGUUUUCAACUGGCGAAGUACCACAACGAGACGACUAAGGAUAUGUUUGUGAAAUACAAAAGAGAACUAUGCGACAUUAUUGCACAUUUGUGCUGUAUCAAUCAGGGACUUGUUAACUACAAUUUGUCCACGUCAUUGGGCAAAGUAUCAGUGUUGUUUGGAUUCUGCGGGCCAAAAGAUUUUGUCUCGCAAUGUUCGAGCCAUUUGUUGCCGUUUCUCGUCGCCAAAGUCGUCACCAUGCCCAAAGUCACAAAACUGAUAGAAGAAUUCUCUCGAUUAAUAGAUAUAGAAACAGCCGAACUGUUGGCAAGUAAAUACGGUAACAUAUUCUUGCACGUAUUCUUGCACGAUAAAGACAAUUUCGACGAGAUUUCGAAUUACUUGGAACGCACGACUGGCCUCACAGGUCCUAGUCUUAGAAAACGAAACUUCAGAGUGAUAUUAAACGAGCUUCUACUGAAUUUCUAUGAAAAACGCGAAAGAGUCCUGCUCGCCCUGCGGCUCCUAUCCAUGGAAGAUACUGAAAGAACCGGCAACGACAUACCUGACUAUUUGCAAUCGUUGUUUCUCGGCGUCCUCCAGUAUUUCGAUGUGAAACUGCUGUCGAAAAAGGAUACUGUGCUGCUCAGUCUGGCUGAAUUGUUCAAAUUCAUGGGCCCGAAACACAUAACGCCGUUAAAGUUCAAGAUCAUUGCGAUGCUGCAAAGCGGUAAAUACGGCAGCUCGCCCAAACUGAAUUGCGAAGUUUGGUCGGCGUUCAUCCACAGUUGCGACGUGGAGUCGCUCGCACCUCAGCUCGCCACCAUUUUCGUUUCCAUCUUGCCCUACCUCGAUUCCUGUAGUGAGAGUGUCAAUAAUAUUUUUAGAUAUUUGGUCGUCGAAAAUGAAAGGCACACCAACGAGUUCAUACCCGAUUUGUUUUUUGUCAACAAUCACAAUGUUGAUAAGAAUGUGCUUAAGAAAAUAAAAAGCCACUUAAAGUCAUUAGAUGAGUUGAGUUUAAAGGAAAAAAUUAAACUGUUUCUCAAGUAUCUUAAGCACGAGACGAAUGAAGUGCGAAUCCGUGCCAUGGAACACUUGAAGGUGUUUAUGGAGCAGAACAGGGAGGAGUUGGAUCAAAUGAUUUUAGGCUAUAAUGGAAUUGACCAAGUAAUGGUUGAUUUAAUUGAUCUACUUACGUUGGCUUGCCGAGAGAAAGACGUGGCCUUGAAGUUGGCAUGUGGAAAUGUUAUUGCGGAACUUGGAGCAGUUGAACCCACUCAUCUUCCGAGAAGAUAUGCUCGUGACAGUAAAUCUUUCAAUUUCUUCUUACAUGAAGACAGCUUCAUUAGAAACACAUUGAAUGAGCUCAUUAAAGCUUUACAGACGGAGAAGAAUACUCAUAGUAUGGAUAGGUUCGCGUUGGCAAUUCAGGAAAUAUUGAAAGUUUUUGAAGUGUCACCGGAUGUUAACAGUUCAAGAAAUCAUGUGUGGAAACAGUUUUCGGAAUCUCAACAGGAAUUAAUGUUGCCUUUACUUUCGUCGCGUUAUAUGAUGGCUCAAAUCGAAAAUCGGGAUUAUAAUUACCCCAUCUACGGUUCACACGUUGGAAUGUCUUUCGAAUCGUGGCUACACAAUUGGACGUACAGUAUGAUAUUAAAUCUCACGGAUGAGAAAAAAAAUCUUUUACUGGCGUGUAUGCCGAGCAUGAAACAAGAUCAUCGUAUAUUGAUUCACUUUCUACCGCACAUUCUGCUUCACGCUUUGCUGGAAGGAACUGUUAGAUUUACCGAAAAUUGUAUCGUUGAAGUUCAAGCAGUGACAAAUGCAUUUAAAAACGUCCAAAAAUUGAACGAAAAUAUUUUAAAUCGGAGAACUCUUCCUUUGCCGGGAGCAGAAGUGGUGCAUCAAGUCAUAACUCCAGAAGAAGUUAAACAACAACAAGCCACAAAAGUGGUGUUCUUGCUAUUAGAUUUUAUAGAUCGUUGGCUUCGAGAAUGGGAUUGGUUAAAAGGACAGUCCGGUAGUAACGACAAGAGCUAUCUAUGUCUAAAAAACUUCCAAAAGAAGUUUUGCAAGUUGCAUUUGGCAAGAUGCAAUUAUCAUAGCGGAGAAUAUCCGAGGGCGUUAAUGUAUCUGGAAGAUUAUAUAACAACGAAUCCAGAACAAAAGGACAAUCAUCUAUCUUUUCUAGCCGAGAUUUACGCUCAACUAGACGAGCCGGAUGGAGUCGCUGGUGUGACAGCGUUAAGACAAAAAGAACCAUCAGUGGAAGAGCGAAUUUUAGCAUUGGAAGUUUCUGGAAAAUUGGCUGACGUCGCAGCUUGUUACGAAAGAAUGACACCCCCACUAAAACUGCAUCACCUACAAGGUUUGAUACAAUGCUAUUUGGAUCUGGACAACGUGAAUACGGCCUUAAAUUUCGCCCAGGGUGCUAUUGAUUUGCAGCCCGAAUUUGGCAACAUGCUUUUGGAAAUGCAAGCUGAGCCUAUGUGGCGUCUGGGUCGUUACGAUGAACUCGAAAACUUUCUGAAGAAACCAGACCUACUGGCCAACAAUAGUUGGGGUGUGAAAGUGGGAAAAGCACUGCUGCACCUCAAGAAUGAAUCUCGUGAUGAUUUCAAGAAGGUUUUGGACGAAAUCAAACUUCAACAAGUGGAAUCGUUGGGAGCAACGGGAAAUGAACUUGGUUUAUAUCAGAGAGGGUACAGUUACAUUUCCAAAUUGCAUGCCAUUGCUGAACUUGAACAAAUAGAAAAGUGCGUUAAUGAAUUGAUGAUCAAACCAAAUGAUAGGCAUUUUGCGGAGUCGGUAGUAAAGAAGUUGUCCAUGGAAUGGGAAUUAAGAAUUAAGGUUGUUCAAGAAUCCAUUAGAAUCAUUGAACCAUUAUUGUGCUUGAGAAGAGUGGCUCUUAAUAUAGGUAAGAGUCUUGUAGAAGAACAAGCACAUGUAGCCGUUCCAUUUUUCAACGCUUUAUUAGGAGAAACUUGGCUGCUAAGUGCCAAAAUUGCGAGAUCCGCAGGAGUUCAUCAGCAAGCUUACACAUAUACAUUAAAAGCGGAAGAAUACGCUCCUCCCAGACUUUUCUUGGAAAAAGCAAAAUUGCACUGGUUAAGAGAAGAACAUGAAGAUGCUCUCACUACAUUAAAAAGAGGUUUGGAACUUUUGACACCUGAAGGGAGUAUUACACAGUCAAAUUUAUCUGUUGAACAAAGGAAAAUAUACGCCAAAGCUAUGUUACUACAAGCUACCUACAAUGAUUCAAUAUCUAACGUGGACACCGAGAUCAACGUACAAUAUUACAGACAAUCUUACGACGCUUAUAAAGAAUGGGAAAAAAAUUUGGUAUGUUUGGCGCAAUAUUACGAUCGAAUAUUUCAAUCCCAUUCGGACGAGGAGCGAGACACUAAAUGCGCCACAAUACAACUCCAUAUGAUUAAUUAUUUCUUGAAAUCGUUGCAAUACGGUACCGAAUACAUUUACCAAUCGAUGCCGAGGAUCUUGUCGAUUUGGUUCGACUUUGGUACGCGACUUUUGGACGUAACGUCGGCCAAUGUAAGGGAGGAGCGCAAGAAUAUGCUAUUUAAGAUGACGAAGCUGAUAGAUGAUGCGUUGAAGAAACUCCCUGCGUUUAUAUUUUUGACCGCCUUUUCACAGAUAACGUCUAGGAUUUGUCAUCCUCAAAAGGAGGUUCAUCAAGAAUUGAAGGCGAUUAUUAUAAAACUACUUCAACAAUAUCCACAGCAGUGUUUAUGGAUGAUUAUUUCCGUGGUAAAAUCGAGUUAUUCAAUGAGAUCGAAACGGUGCAUGGAGAUUCUGAGCGACCCUGGUUUGAGAACCAACACGAUGUCCAAACUAGUCAAAGACUUCACCAGUUUAGCUGAGAAACUCAUUGAGUUGUGCAACAAAGAAAUUGCUCCUGACGUUCAUUCGACUACUGUAAGUCAGUUACUGCGUGCUUUACCCAGAAUGUUGACAAAAGGCGACUUCAGUGAAAUUAUGAUUCCCACACAAAAGUUUCGCAAGCUGGUAUUGCCAAAUCCCGAUUUUAAAAGUAGUCAACACAACCCAUUCCCGAAUAUUUACGUUCACAUUGCGGGAAUCGAAGACGAGGUGCAAAUCAUGCCUAGCUUGCAACGACCUAGAAGAAUAACUUUCCGUGGCUCAGAUGGAAGAGGGUAUAUUUAUAUGUUGAAACCGAAGGACGAUUUACGUAAAGACUUUAGACUGAUGGAAUUUAACGAUAUAGUCAAUCAGCUUUUAUCACGGGAUCCGGAGUCGAGGCAAAGAAGGUUAAACAUUAGGCUUUACUCAGUUGCACCCUUAAAUGAGGAGUGCGGACUUAUUGAAUGGGUCAAUAAUUUGGUUGGUUUGAGACCCAUUUUGAUAAAUUUAUAUAAACAAAAAGGAAAGCUAGUAAGAAAUAAGGAACUAAACGACCUCAAAUGUAAUCUUAAGGAUUCGUUACAAAAGAAACGGGAUGUAUUUUUAAACGUCUUGUUACCUAAACAUCCACCGGUUUUGGGCGAGUGGUUCAGGAAAACUUUUCCAGAUGCGCAUAACUGGUUCACUGCCAGGACUGCCUAUAUUAGAACUACAGCCGUGAUGUCGAUUGCCGGCUAUAUUUUAGGAUUGGGUGAUAGACAUGGUGAAAAUAUACUGUUGGAUUCAACAUGUGGGGAUGUGGUGCAUGUAGAUUUUAACUGCUUGUUCAAUAAAGGUGAAAGUUUCGAAUGGCCGGAAAGGGUGCCAUUUAGAUUGACUCAGAAUAUGGUAUCAGCAAUGGGUCCAUUAGGAGUUGAGGGUGUUUUCAGAAAAUCAUGUGCUUGCACCCUAAGAGUGUUGAGAAAUAACUCCCAUACGUUGAUGUCCAUUGUUACACCUUUCGUUUAUGAUCCAUUGGUAUCUUGGCCCCGGAAUGCUGGGGUUAAUGCCAACGCAACCGCGGAGAGAACGAACGAACAGGCUGUUGAACAUGUUAAAAAUAUUGAAUUACGUCUUCAAGGAGUUAUAAAGACUAAAAAUAGAUCGUUUUCAAUUCCACUUUCUGUAGACGGUCAAACAAAUAAUUUGAUAAAUGAAGCCAUGAGUGUGGAUAAUUUAUGCCAGAUGUAUAUUGGAUGGGGACCAUAUAUGUAAAAAUUAAGAUUAUUAUGUUGUUUGUUAAAGUAAUCAAAUAUUGCUUAUAUUUUUGUAUUUUUUAAAAUAAAUAUUUACACUUA